AAGUAGGGGUUUCCACAGCCGAGAAGGGAAGGGUGACCGCUUAACCAGGACUUUCUGGGAGCUCCGAUUCAGUCUGAGAGGUUGGGUUCUGCUGCUCCGAUCCUCUUCACUUCUGGCCGACUCUGCUGACAGACACUGUCUUGUUGGAUGAGCAGGCACCUCUGGAAGAAUCAGUUGAGUGAAAUGGUGCAGCCCAGUGGUGGCCCAGCAGGGGACCAGGACAUGCAGGGUGAAGAAUCUUCUCUGGGGAAGCCAGCAAUGUUACAGCUGCCUUCAGAGCAGGGUACUCCUGAGACCCUCCAGCGCUGCCUGGAAGAGAACCAAGAGCUGCGAGAUGCCAUCAGGCAGAGCAAUCAGAUGCUAAGGGAACGCUGUGAGGAGCUCCUGCAUUUUCAGGUCAGCCAGCGGGAGGAGAAGGAGUUCCUCAUGUGCAAAUUCCAGGAAGCCAGGAAGCUGGUGGAGAGACUGAGCUUGGAGAAGCUUGACCUGCAGAGGCAGAGGGAACAGGUCUUAAAGGAUUUGGAGCACCUGAAGAAAUGCCAACAGCAGAUGGCUGAAGACAAGGCCUCUGUGAAAGCCCAGGUGACAUCAUUGUUGGGAGAACUCCAGGAGAGCCAGAGUCGCUUGGAGGCUGCCACCAAAGAACGACAAACUUUAGAGGGAAGGAUACGAGCAGUUAGUGAGCAGGUUAGACAGCUGGAGAGUGAGCGGGAGGUGCUGCAGCAGCAGCACAGCGUGCAGGUGGACCAGCUGCGCAUUCAGAACCAGAGUGUGGAGGCUGCCCUGCGAAUGGAGCGCCAGGCUGCUUCAGAGGAGAAGCGGAAGCUGGCUCAGUUGCAGGCAGCCUAUCACCAGCUCUUCCAAGACUACGACAGCCACAUCAAGAGCAGCAAGGGCAUGCAGCUGGAAGAUCUGAGGCAGCAGCUCCAGCAAGCUGAGGAGGCCCUGGUAGCCAAACAGGAAUUGAUUGAUAAACUGAAAGAAGAAGCUGAGCAGCACAAGAUUGUGAUGGAGACUGUGCCAGUCCUGAAGGCCCAGGCGGAUAUCUACAAGGCUGACUUCCAAGCUGAGAGGCAUGCCCGGGAAAAGCUGGUGGAGAAGAAAGAGCUAUUGCAGGAACAUCUGGAGCAGCUGCAGCGCGAGUUGAACAAGCUGAAGGUUGGCUGCCAUGAAUCAGCCAGGAUUGAGGAUAUGAGGAAGCGGCAUGUAGAGACUUCCCAACCCCCUUUACUUCCUGUUCCAGCUCACCACUCCUUUCAUCUGGCUUUGCCCAACCAGCGGAGAAGUCCUCCUGAAGAGCCACCUGACUUCUGUUGUCCCAAGUGCCAGUAUCAGGCACCUGAUAUGGACACUCUACAGAUACAUGUCAUGGAGUGUAUAGAGUAGGAACAGCAGAUAUAAGGCCACUUGUGAUACCAUGUCCCGAACUAUGCAACCUGUGCUUUCUUGUUUCACCUGCAUAGUCCACAAUUAAGGGUUUGUUGUCAGAGAGCUGGCCUCAGGACCUAGUAGGACCCUUGCUUUAGCCCUUUGGUCUGCUAGUUCUCCACUAGGGUAGACAGCCCCAGUCAGGGCUGUUUUUUCCCCUUUUCUUCUGUGUGCCUGAGCCACUUACCUCUGGUAGCUUCUUCCUCCCUCUUCUAUUCUCCUAGGUAGUCUAGAAUGGAGGCCAGGGGCUCUCAGGGAGCACCCCUUCUCCAAGCAGGGCUGGGUGCAGCUCUUACUCCUUCUACCUGGUGCCUUUUUUGCUCUGAGCUGCAGGCUGUCUUCCCAGGGUAUGUGGCACUUAGGGCCAUAACAUGUUGCCUGUGAUGGACACUUGGGAAGUAUUCCAUCUUUUUGCUACCAUAACUAAUGGUGUAGUGAAAGUACUUGCACACUGACCUAUGUGUACCUUUAAGACAUAUGCUUAGACAUAACAUUGCAGCCUUGCCAUGGAGGAGGUGGGUCAACCUUUGUGUUUCUGUCAUCUGCUAGACAUGAGGUUCUUUACUAAAGAGUGUGCUUAAGUGCCUUUUUCUGGGGUAUGUGGGCCCUUUUUAAUUCCGCUGAUGUAACUUGGAUUUUCAUAUUUUCUACCCAUUUUUGUGUUGCAUCAUUGCCCUUUAUUCCUGGGCUUUGGGGUGCUCUUUGAUCAUGAGUCAUGUUAGCUCUUAUCUAUCCCAGGAAGUGCACAUUUGCUCCACUUUGAUUGUGUUACUGUUUUGGGGCCUAGAAGCAGUUUAUGUACUCAUACCCAUUCUUUGCUCCCAUAUUUUGGCUUUGGAGUUAUGACUGCUUUGUGCUCUGACAGAAGGGCAUUUCACAUACAUGCUUUUUUUUCUAGCACCAGUGUGUUCUUGUCUUUGUGAAGCACAUUGUUGUCUUGUGUGAAUGGUGGUUUCCAUAGUUCAUCACAGUCUAGGAGUUUGUGAUGGCAUAUUCUCUACUAGCCCAGAUAAUCCUGUCUUGGGAAUCAUUUAGUAGUGACUGGCAGAUUGUGAGCAAGGAUCUAGACAUUUUCUGGGACCUUACAGUCAUUAGUAUUAGCCUUGCAAUUCUAGUAAAGAAAGGAAGUUGGAGUUGAGAAAGCAGUAGUGCCUUGCUGACUCCUCAGGCCUGAAACCCUUUCAUGGUUCUGAGUGGAACCUAUAAAUCAAUCCCUGUCUGGGCUUUUAUUCACAGGGCUUCUUGCCCAUAAAGAGUGAGGAGGCUGAGUAGAAUUAGGAUUUAAAAAGUAAGCCUGAGUUGGGGGCUUCUUUAGAAUUUUCAGGGGAUGAGGAGCAAAUUUUCUGUUUCCUAAUUCCCAGGUAUCUAUCAUACAGAUCUUUGGGGAAAUAUUAAAGUAAUAGAAAUGUUCUUUGCUCAUGAGCCCUUCAUUUAAAUACCUAAUCUAAUUUUCCUCCAGGAGCACUAUUGAUUUGGUUUUUUGGUGGUCUAUGAUUUUCCUAUAGCUGUUCUAAAAAUUCUCAGAAAUUUGAAGCAGCAAAAAUAUUACUGUUUUAUGUCUGGAAGCCAGAUGUUAUGUUUCUCCUGAGAAUCAAUUCCAGGCUUUCACUCAGUUCUUGGUGGUUUCUGGCAGUUCUUGGUGGUGUUUGGCUUAUAGACCCAUCACUCCAAUCUCUGGUUCUGGGGCCUUGUGGUCUCCUUUUCUACACCAAAUUGUAGAUGUGUGUGUGUGUGUGGGGGGGGUCUAUCUGGUAAUUAAGGAGGAUCUCCAGCUUAUGAUUUACUUCACUACACCUUCCAAGAUCCUUUUCCCAAAUAAAGUCAUGUUCUCAAGUUCUAGGGGUUUGAGCUCACACAACCCAGAGUAGAGGGAUAUCAUUAGAACCUGAGUAAACACAAAGGCAGAUGCCUUUAAGUCUUGCAAUUUUGCUAGAGAGACUUGGUUUCUAGGGUUAUGGUGACCACUAGACUUCAGAAUUUGGAGGUCAGGCCCUUAUAGGCUCCUAGCAGAGCCAGUGGGUGUGACUGAGAAAGGCAGGUUGGCUGUAGUAGGAAAGAGCUGUUGACUGCCUGCAGUGGCUCUAUGGGCUUCAUGCUUCUUGGAUAAAUAGAGAUGCAAAGGUAUAUUUCUGAUCAGUACUUUAUCCUGAAAGUGGCUUAGAAAGUCAGUGCCACCCAUGUUGCACAUCAGGAUCACCCAGAAGCUUGAAAGGUUGAGAACAUUCUGGUUUGGGCUCCAUGGACUGGUGAAGCCAAAAUCUGAGUGUGGCUCCAGGCAAUGGCUGGGACCUAGUAUUCUUCCUAGAAGGUGGGAGCUCUUGACACCUUCUUACCCUGAACCAUAAUGCAUGAUUAACCACACAUUAGAUAUCAAGGAUUUGAGAUUAUGCCAUCUUCCCUGACAUGGGACAUGCUUCUUUCUUUCUUUUCUGGAAUUACUUAACUAGACCUGGAAAAACUGGUUGUUGGUCCUCACUCCCUCUUACCCCACAAGGAAUUAGCCCUGUGUUUGAUACCCUCAGGCAUGGUAAGACCUUGAAGUAUUUCCCUUUUCAAGGGGGUCUGUUUGGUGAGAUGGAUGGAACAAGCACUCUGGAAACAUCCUCACAGUGAUUAAUUCCUUGGAGUCCCUCCCUCUCAUGGUACCAUCAUUUGUCACCACCAAAAGCUGUGAUGAAAUAGCCCAUAUAUCUGAUGACACAGGCCUGCAUAGCCAGCAUCUUGAACAUUUUGUUGCAUGGAACAUUCUCUGUAGUAUGGUAUAAAAAGGUCAGAAGAUUAAAUUAUGUAUAAAA